GAUGGGAGAGGGCGAAGGUGAUUCAGCAAAGGAGAUGGAAGGAGGGAUGGAUGACAUGAUUUCCACGCUUGCUGGUGCAGCUUCUGCCCUGCCAGUCCACCGACAUGGCCAGAGGUACCACGCCACAGCUCUAAUUUCCUCAAGAUUACUGCUGCAUUCGGUAGGUCCCUCGCUUGUUCAGCAAGCAGGCCAGACAAUUCUGGAGGUCGUCCCUUGCCUCCAGUGUCUACGUCGUUUGUCGUGCGUCAUAAUUCGGAAGCCUUCGCCAUGAUGGUGGCUCUGGACGAUGCAAAAUUCCAGAGAGACAAGUGACUGCUUUCUGCCGACGCGAACUCAAUAAGCGUUAAUUUAGUGCACCUCCGGUUAUCCUAUUAUCUGCUUUCUCAGUCUCCACCGUCCGAUAAUCGAGUCGCCGUCAUGGGUACUUCCAUGGAUCCUGGCGAUGCCACGUCGGUACCGGAGACUAUCGAGGACUGGUACGAUGACGUCACCACCGUGACGCCUUCCUCUAACGAUCCCCGUCGAAGCACGACCAAUGAGUAUGCCACGCUCCGGCGUCGACUGUCGAUGCGUCAGCAGUCCAUGCGCCAGCAGUCGCCACAUCAGCAGCAAUCCUUCACGAGCUCGCAAUCCUUUGCCUCCUCGCUGCACAGCUCUACUGCUAGCAGCAGGGGGAGCACGCCGUCAGGGGGAGGCUCGAGCUUCGUUAGUGCGAUCCCGGGUUUCGCUAGUAGCACGUCCGACACUGCCGCUGCGCCAAAGUUGUACCAGGUCGGUUCGAUCAAAGAAUGCGCCGAGGAGGAGGGGGAAGAAGCGGAGGGGGAGGCGCCAGCGCACGCCCGGGAAGCUAGCGGGGGAAGCGGAGCAGAUGGGGGGAACAGAGGAACGGCCCGGGGGGAAACUAACGGGCAAGAGGCGCUCAAGGGGGAAAGCGGGGGGGGGACAGCGCCUGGGAGAGGCAGUGAAGGGGAGGAUCAAGCGAGCAACGGUCGGCGAAUGGGGAGGGCGAAGCUCGGGAGAGUGAGCUUCGCUGCUGGCACGUGGCACGUCGGUGUCGACGACGAUAACGAGGAGGACAAAAACGAGGACGUGGCACAGCACAACGACUACAGUGGCGGAAGCAGUACCAGUAACAAUGUAGCGCUCGGCGGUGGACGCAUGAGGGCGAGCUUUGGUCCUCCUGGCGCCAGCGGUGAUUCCGAAGACGACAACGAGCCCGCCGCCUCCUCCGCGUUCUACAACGAGCUGCUGGGCAUCGGGGAGGCGCCGCUGAUCAACCUCAUUCGAAGGUACCACGAGGCCCUCCAGGCGCACGGGCUGGACGGCGAGGCACGGCAGAUCGCCGCGUCCGCCGCUGCCAGGCUCGUCAGCAUCAAGAGCAUGGCGCGAGGCGGGGAGGAGGACGGGGAGGAUGGAGAGGUGGAGGGGGAGGGGGGCGGGAGCGGGAGUGGAGGAUGGUUUGCGGGGGUGGGUGGAGGGAUGAUGGGGCGAGGGGAAGCGGGAGGCGGGGUGGGGGUGGAGUCCCACGAGGACGCGAUGAGGAGCGAGGUGGUGGUGCGGGAGGGGCUGCAGAGGUACCUCAUCGCCAUGCAGCCGCACCUGCUGUGCGCGCAGCCGCAGGUGGUGGCAUUCAGCCACGUGGCAGUGACGAGGAAGGUGGAGGUCAUUCCGGAUCAGAUCAAGAACUGCCUCAACGCGCCGUACUUCAAGCUCAAGUCCAUCACGGGGUGGCAGAAGAAGGAGACCGUUCAAGUGCUCAACGAUGUCUCGGGCUUCCUCAUGCCAGGGACCCUCACACUUCUCCUUGGAACCUCAGGCAGCGGCAAGACAACCCUCAUUCGCCUCCUAUCCGGCCGGCAGCCCCCCACUGCCGGCUCCGUCACCUUCAACGCCCUCCCUGUAACCCCCUCGCGCGCGCACCGCCUAGCUGGGGUGGGCUUCGAGGCGGACUGCCACCUGCCGGCGCUGUCGGUGCACGAGACGCUCUCCUUUGCGCGGCAGUGCUCUUUCCCGCUGUCAGUGCAGCAGCUGCUGCAGCACCCCAUGCUGGGCAAGGCGCUGAGGGCCAGCAUUGAGCGUGGCGACGACCCACUUGUGGCGUCCAGGGAAGCCAUGUUUGGGCUCACCAGGCGGGCCCAAGUGAAGGUGGGGUCGGGCAGGCUCUCCAGGGACGAGGUGCACCGGCUGACUGCGGCUGAACUCAUGGUCGGGGCUUACCCGGUGCUGCUGUUUGACCGCAUCAGCCAGGUGUACGACGGGCCCUCCACCCACAAGACUCUCACCAUGCUGCGCACCCACGCCCAGGUGCGGCAGCACGCGGUGCUGUGCUCACUGCAGUGGCCCACUCAGGCCGUCUUCUCCCUCUUCGACCGGGUCAUCGUGCUCAACCAGGGCCAAAUCGUCUUCCAGGGGCCGUGCCAUGCGGCUCUCAGGCACUUCCAGGCGCUGGGGUACCUGAAGCCGCUGCACAUGUCGGUGCCGGAGUACCUGCAGCAUGUCACCACGGAGGGGGGGGGGGCCCUCCGAUCGGGCAAGAAGAAGCUGCUGCUGGACGGAUUCGUGCGGGCAUAUAAGAAGUCUCCUUAUUACAAGAACAUUCUUCGUGUGACAAGCUCUCCCGCGCCUCUCCUCCUCCUCUGGAUCUCUGGGCCGGCGCGCCACGUCCUUUCCCGCGUCCGCUGUGCCCUCGCUGACGUGGCACCCGACGCUCUGUCAACCCUGGAUGGCGGGGAGUCAAAUGGGGAGGAACAGAAGAACACAGCAGCGGAGAGCAAAGGAGAAGCAACGCCACACCCCUACCAAGCAGUGGUGGUCACAGAGGCGCGGGUCUUCUUUGAAGGGGCGGGGGGGGGAGGGCAUCUGAAAGAAGGGGUGGAGGCAACAGGGCCAGUGUGUGUGGGGGAUGUGGUGGUGGCUGUGACGGUGGGGGAGAGGGGUGAAAUGGAGUAUGCGAGCUAUGCGGGGGGGGAAGUGCCGGGGGACGAGCUCAUGGGCAUGCUGGAGGAGCUCAGGGACAGCAGCGCCUGGCUGCACCUCGAGCUGCAGCGCCCGCUCACUAUAGUCACACAGGCGAGUGACACCACACAGGAACCAACUUCAAAAGACACCACCACCCAGGGCACCGCCACUGAAGCCGCUGCCAGCACAGACGCUACGAAGCAGGACAGCGAGCAGCUGCUGCCUCGCGCGCAGCCAGCCGAUGACCUGGACUUGGACCUCGAGGCAGGCCUCCCCCAAGCACCCACUGCUGCUCGCCCCACGCCCACCACUGCUGCAGGCCUGGGCUCUAGCACCCAGGGUAAUGGCAUGGGCAGCCCUGCCGUAGCCGGCCAUGACAAUGCUGAUGAAAGCCGCGCUCCUCUAGUUGACUGCACUGCCGGGCUCCUCGCUUGUUCCAGUCUCUCGGGGUCAGGGCCUAAUGGUGGAGGUUCAGGGCCUGGGGGGGAUGAUGUUGGGGGGGAGCGUGGAGCAGCAGCGAGCAGCAGCAAGAGCAGCAGGCCAGCGCUGAGAAUCCAGUCGCUGCCGCGGGCCAUCCCCCGCGGCAUCUCCUCCGCCUUCAAGACCCUCAGCUUCGCAGCACUGCGAGGCCGCAGCAGCUUCAGCAGCAAGGCGUUCCUGCAGCUCCCAGGAAUGGGCGUGGAGGCACUUAAAGCCAUGAACCUGUCAGCUGCGGCUGCGGCGUCGAGGGCAGCAGCCAUGGCGGGGCUGUGGGGGGGCGCGAAUAGGGAGCUGCUGAGCAAGGAGCUCAUUCUGGAGCCGUGGCCCGAGUUCAAGCUGCUGCUGCAGCGGCAGCUGAGAGUGAACCUGAGGAACCGGAGCUUCAUUGCUGCGCGGCUGCUGCUGGUCACCCUCUUGGGCCUAUUCGUGGGUUUCGACUUCUUCCAGCUCCCAGCAGACCCCCCGUCCUUUGCGCAUCUGAAUCUGCGGCGCGGCGUGAUGCAGAUCUCGCUGAUCACCAUGACCGUCAACAACGUCAGCCUGCUGCCGGGCUACAUGCUGGAGCGCCAGGUCUACUUCAAGCACCGCAGCGCACGCUUCUUCCGCACACGCUCAUAUGUGCUCGCACAGCUCAUCGCCAGCUUACCACUCUCUAUAGUCGAGGCGACCAUCUGGUCGGUGCUGGUGUAUUUCCUCACGGGCCUGAGCCUCUCUGACUAUGGAGCGCACUUCUUCAUCUUCCUCGCUGUGCUUGCCCUUGUAGCCAUCCACGGCGCCGCCAUGAUCCGAUUCAUCGCCUUCGCCGCCCGCUCGCUGCGCUCCGCCGCCUUUGCUGCUGCCAUCUUCAUGGGCCCCGGCAUGUUCCUCUUCGGCCACAUGCUUGUAGCGAAGGUGCUUAUACCGAGUUUCUGGAUCUGGCUAUACUGGAUCAACCCCAUCCAGUGGGCAGCGACGUUACUUGUGAUUAACGAGCACCGGCCAUUCGUCCCUGUGGCAUUCUGCCCGGCUCCGGACCGCGUCCCUGCUACCAUGCCGUACUGUGUGGGGAGGGAGGGGUGGCCGAUUGGCAAGGCGUACAUGGAGGAAUUCAGCUGGAACUUCGAAUGGGCGUACAUGAUCGCUGGGCCGCUCGUGAUUCUCGCGUGGAUUGCAGUGUGGACAGCGGGCACGCUCCUGUGCAUGCAGCCCAGCCACUACAAGAGCUUCGCGCCUGCAGUGAGGGUGCUGAGUGAGAGCAAGCGAGGGAUGAGGCGCGUGAUUGUCAGGGGGGAGGACGAGGGUGGUGAGGGGCAGGACGGGGUCAAGGGAGGGACGGUUUCUGGGGGAACAGGAAUGGGGGCGAGUGUGGCGAGAGUUGGGGAGGCAGCAGCAGAAGCAGCCGAAGCAGCAGCGGCAGCAGCGGGAAGGGCAGCGGAUGUGGUUGCAGAAACAGUUGCUCAAGUGGCGUCUGUGGCAGAAGAAGCUGCUGCUGCUGCAGGGCAGGCAGUGGCAGCCGCAGGGGAGGCGGUGGCAGCAGCGGGAGCAGCGGCAGUGACAGUGGCAAUGCAAGGGAUGGGCAGCGGAGCAUCCCUGCCAUGGGUUGGUGAGGGCGGCCCAGAGUGGGGGCCUCUUGGUGGCACAGGAGCAGCAGGGUCCGCACAAGCUGCAGCAGCUGCAGCAGCGGCAGCAGCAGCAGCAGCAGCGGCAGCAGAGGCAGAGGCAGCGGUGAUGGAGUCCAACAUCCCCUUCACCCCAUACCUCAUCACCUUUGAAGGCCUCUCCUGCUCCUUGCCCCUUCCCAGCCAAUCAGAGAGCUCCUGGACGAACUCUCUGGGCGGCAGCAGUGGCCUUGGGGGCGGCAGCGGUGUGGCGAGGAGGAGCGAGGUGAGCCGCAGCCUGGUGCGCGGCGUGACGGGGUGGGUGAAGCCGGGGGAGAUCACGGCUAUCGCGGGGGGCAGGAGCACUGGCAAGACUACGUUGCUCAACUGCCUGGCAGGUCGCAAGGUGCCGGGGCAACUGACCGGCCGCCUGCUGGUGAACGGCAAGCCCAGGGACGCCCCGUCCUUCCGGUGCAACACGUCGUACAUGGAGGGCGCCGACCUCUACUACCCUCUCCUCACGCUGCGCGAGAGCCUGCUGUACCGCACCGCGCUCACACUGCCUAAGCACAUGCCCGACAAGCGGCGGCGUGCGUUUGUGGCGCAGAUUCUGGAGCUGAUGGAGUUCAAGGGAGGCGUGGCGGACUGCCUGGUGCAGGACAUUCUGGCGGACGGGGUGGGGUCGGCAUAUGUGGAGAAGCGCAUUGUGUUUGCGAUGGAGAUGGCGGGCAACCCGAGUGUGAUCUUCUUUGACGCACCGUUUCUCAGGAUGGACACCACUGAGGUCGCCAAGUUCUCAGGCAUGCUCAAGCAUGUGGCAGCCGUGUGGGGGCGGGCCAUGGUGGUGGUGUCCAACGCGGUUACCGCGUUCCAUCUGAACGCCUUCCACUCGCUGCUCAUGCUGGGCAGCGGCGGCGAGAUGGUCUUCUUCGGCCCCGCGGGGAGAAACGGCCACGCGCUUGUGGAGUAUUUCUCUGCCAUCCCUGGCACCCCCCCGGUCCCCCCCGACACGAACCCAAUCAUCUUCAUAGAGAACCUCCUCGGCGACGCCGGUCACCAGCGCGCCACGGCGUGCGACUACGCGGUGGAAUACCGAGUCAGCGACCUCGCCAUGCUCAACGCGCACCGCCUCUCAGCCCUCCGCCGAGGGGGGGCUGCUGCUGCCACUGCUUUUGCUGCCAGGGCUGCUGUUGCUAACCUGGAGGCUGCGAAACUGGUUGCUACCAGCGGUGCUGUUGCUGCCGGCGGUGCUGCUGCUGGUGGCAAUGCUGAGUAUGGGGGUGCUGCUGCUGCUGGGUGGAGGGCCAUGGGAGGAGGAGGUGGCAUGGACUAUGAGAGUGCUGGCGUUUCAAUGGCCGCAUCUGACUCGGCGUGGUCCCAGGCCGCGCUGGAAGUCGAGGAAGCCAUCGCAGCAGAGGAGGCAGAGGCCCUGGCGGGGGUGGCACGGGCGCAUGCUGCUGCUAUGGGUGGCAAUUCCGAGGAGGAAGAGGGAGACGCAAGGAGGGGUGCGCAAGAGGAUGGGGCACUACGGCACAAGGCAGUCGCCGCUGCAGCAGCCGAAGCAGCAGCGGAUGCUGCAGCAGGAGUCAUAGCAGCAGGAGUCACAGCCGCAGGAGUCACAGCCGCAGGAGAUCCACACCAGCAGCAAGGGGAGCAUAAGGCAGGAGACCACCCCACCGCCCUCCACCACGCCACAUCCCUCCAGCCCCUCCUCGCCCACGCCUCUCCGCUCUCCCCUCCCACCCCUCCCAGCCGCCUGCGCAAGUUUCUGGCAGUGCACCACACCAUCCACCUCUUCUACUGGCGCAACACCUCGCACUCCCUCAACCGCAUUGUGCAGUCCGCCAUCCUGGGGCUGCUCAUAGGCUCGCUCUUCUUCCAGUACCGUGUGAACAAUCUUCUGCAGGCCACCACGGCCCAUGCAUUCCCCUUUGCCGUGCUGGCGUUUGGCACGACGUGCCAUGGGGGCACAGCCGUGGGGCUGAUCAACCAGACGAAGAAGAUCUUCGCCAAGGAGCGCGUUUACAACCAGCACUUUUUGCAGAUUUAUACAGUGGCUCACACGCUAGUGGAGAUCCCCCCUCUGCUCCUCACCUCCCUCGCGCUGGUCAGCGUGGCAGCGCCGCUGGCUGGCCUGGCGGUGGGCAGCGCGGGCACCUUCUUCUCCUUCGGUCUCACCCAGUUCCUCGCCGCCCUCGCUGUCACCUACUUUGGCUUCCUGCUCUCCGUGCUGCUGCCCCAACCCAAGUACGCAGCAGUGGUGAUUUCAUUCCUUAUCACAGCAUGGGUGGCCACGUGCGGCUUCUUCCUGCCCUUUGCCUUCACCAAGCACUUCUUCCUCGCAGUCUACUGGACCAACCCCAUUCAGUACGCCCUCAACGGGCUCACAGCAGCAGCCUACUACUGCAACACAGCGGCACCAGAGUGCACCCUCCCAGGCUGCCCCGGCGCCGCCCCUAUCUGCGCCAGCUGCCCCUGCAAGUGGUACCUCAACCCUGUCAAGGGACCCGAGUACCUCUGGGAUUUCCUCGUUGCCACCAGGUCCGCGCGCUCCGCAGUGUACUGGGACUGGCUCUUCCUGCUCUGCUUCUGCCUCGUGUGCCGCAUCGGGUCCUUUGCUGCUCUCCGCUUCCUCCGUCACAACCGCUAGCCCAUAUUGGGCUGAGAACAGCCAGGGAUCUUUGGCAGAGACGAAGUCCUUCAGUAGAUAGGGUGCUUAGUAGCAUAGCGGAAAUCCGAGUUGAACCCUUGUACUGGUAUAUGAGAGCAAAUGAUUGAUGAUAGCAAGGCAAUACCGUACAAGGGUUUAUAACGUUUUACAAGAGAAUACGAAACAUCGAACUAAG